GCCUUGAUAGAGAGAGCCUAUGCUGCCUUGAACCAACGUGGGCUGUCCAUUAAUCUCCUGAAGAUGAUGGUGAAACGUGGUGGCGUCAACAUUGACAAGUUGCACAACAUCGGGAAUCCAUGGGAACCGUUGGAGAAAUACGAAGGUCCUGCUCUGCUGAUUCUAGCACCUGAUACGCCUGAGUUUCACAGUGCUGCUGAGAUCAAUGCUCAAUAUUGCACUCAAAUGGAGGUGGUCAACGGCAAAGGCAGCCACUACAACAUGAUGCAGGGCGAGCAAGCAGCGACACAGGCAGCAAUCGUACUCGAGUGGGCCAAGAGGUUGGGAGGAGUGGCCAAUGAGAUACUACCAUCCGCAGGAAUUGAGGCUGCAAAAAGCCAGAAGAUGCUGAUUAUGAGGCCUGGCAAAGCAGAGAGCGCCAAGAUCUACUUGAUACAUGGUCUUGACGGAGAUGCUAUGAGUGGCGGCAGCACCUUCACCAGCAUUGCGCAACGCUUGGCUCCAUGCAGGGUGGGUGCGCUGGUCUACGACCAGGAGGCUUUGGAAUGCAACUCCAUUCCUGAGCUUGCAGCUUGCUACAACCGACGGGUGGUUGAAGAUGCCAAGAGCCACAAUCCUGCUGGUGAAAGCCUCAUCAUUGUUGCAGGCUACUCCCAUGGUUGUGUCCUUGCUCAUCAGAUGGGGCAUCAGCUGCACAAGGCUGGCAUUUGGACCGCUGUGGUGAUGUUCGACUUGGAAGUAAUCUGGCCACCGCCUAGCAACGACUCACGCGUGGGCGGCUACGACUUCUUGGGUGGAGAGGCAGAGGCCACCUUGCUGAUUUCGCGUGCCUUCGGCAAGUUCGACUUUGCAAUCAAGGAGGCCAUCGAACUCACAGAGAUGAAAGCUCGCGGUCAAAGCAUUGAUGUGGACGCCUUGAUAGAGAGAGCCUAUGCUGCCUUGAACCAACGUGGGCUGUGGCCCAGACGCGUUUGA